GAGAAUAAAAAGAAAAGUGGAAACAUCACAAAACAAGCUGGAUUAGUGUUUGGGGAAAAAUCCCUUUGAGCUCCAACCACAGAAGACUCAGGAGGACAACCAACACCACAAAAUGGCCGACGGAGAGACAGACAUCCUACAUCUGCAGCUGAUCAAAGAAGAGGUUCCCAUGGAAAGGAUCACCAGUCCAGAUCAGAAGGACCCAGGUCUUCCUCACAUCAGAGAGGAACAAGAAUAUCUCUGGACCAACCGGAGGGAAGAGCAGCUUCUGGAGGCGGUUGAAAGUAACAAGUUCUCUCUCUCAAUUGUCCACAGGAAGACUGAAGACGAUGCAGAGAAACCUCAGCUCCGUCAAUGCCGAACGCAGCAGAGCAGGGAGGAGGUGGAGCCUCCAGGAACCAGCUCAGCUCAUCUUCACUUAGCUAAAGAUGUCAGUGAAUCUUCAGACAAUGCCCUGAAGGAGAGCAGAGCUCCUGACCUUCGACAGAGAGUUCGUACACUAGAGAAACCGUUUGACUGCGACGUGUGUGGGAAACGAUUCACGCGGGCACAUUUUGUCAAGAGGCACAUGAUGGUCCACACGGGAGAGAAACCGUGGAGCUGUGAUGUUUGUGGGAAGAGAUUUACAAACAAGAGUAACCUGAACAAGCACCUGGUGGUCCACACGGGAGAGAAACCGUGGAGCUGCGGCGUUUGCGCGAAACGUUUUACACAAACGGGCUCUCUGAAGAAGCACAUGAUGAUCCACACGGGAGAGAAGCCGUUUCACUGUGACGUGUGCGGGAAGCGAUUCAGACACGAGAAUAACUUUCGGAGGCACACGGUGGUCCACACGGGAGAGAAACCGUGGAGCUGUGAUGUUUGUGGGAAGAGUUUCACACAGACGGGUUCCCUCAAGAGACACAUGAUGAGACAUACUUGACAGAAGCCACGUCUCUGUGGUGUUUCUGGAAGACGAGUUACAGGGAAGAGUUCUCUCAUGACUGUCCCUGGCAGUCAUUUGUGACCGGGAAAACCAAAAACACUCAAAAAUAUCAGUGUUUUAAAACAUCCUUGAGGGAAUAAGAUGGAAAAAUACAACAUUUCUGCUUGAGGGAAGGUUGUAGCAUCAGUCAUAUCAGAUCAUACAAAGGUGAAAAGGUUAACAGUCGUCCACUGUGUCAGAUUCUCUCACCGUU